UGUUUACUGAGGUCCUUAUAUCAUAGCCUUAUGGGUGACGCCGACUACGAGCAGCGGCAGCUGCAAGUCUUCAAAGAUACCUUAAUCGAAGCGAAGCUGUACAGGCCUGUGACAGAAACUGAAAAGGCUUCGCACAGUGAUGUAACCCUUCUCCGAUUUUUGCGCGCUAGACGAUUCGACAUCUCCAAGGCUCAGAAACAGUUCUCUGAUACGGAAGUAUGGAGGAAGAAACACGAUGUGGAUAGAUUAUUCGCUACGUUCGACGAUGAUGAGUUUGAAUCGUCAAAGCGAUUUUAUCCUCAGAUGCCGAUUCAGAAGGAACUGGAUGCUGUUCCUCAUGAACGACGGUAUCAAAGAAUAGUGGCCUUGUACGAGGUGAUGACUCGGUUAGUGCUACCUGUAUGCACCCAUAUCCAUCCAACACGAACGGUCUCAUCAUGCACGACGAUAAUCGACCUCUCUUCUCUCACCCUCGGCACCGUCAUCUCACUGCGCUCGCACCUACAGGAAGCAUCCCGCCUCGCCACGGCCAACUACCCAGAGACGCUCCACAUCAUCGCUGUCGUCAAUGCCCCAGCGUUCUUCCCGAUCAUCUGGGGAUGGAUCAAGGGAUGGUUUGACGAAGGAACACGAAACAAGAUAUAUAUCCUGGGAAAGGGUACGGAUAUGGAAAAACUAGAAGAAUUCGUGGAUCGAGAGCAUAUUCCCAAGGUGUACGGCGGCGAGUUGGAAUGGGUGUACGGGAAUGCGCCGUCUUUGGAUGAUGCAGUGAAGGAGGUGAUGAAAGAGAUUCCUUGGGGCCCUGCGGAAUUUAUAGACGGAGCGGUAGACAAGAUGAGUCCAGUGUAGCAUGCUGUAUUUUUUCCAGGAGUGAAUGAAUUCAUAGAUAGCUUUAUUGCCAGGCCUUAAGCUACCUGCCCGGGAGCAACGAUCAUAGUAGCACCGUAUCUGCGUCCGUUUUCUGAUUCACGGCCUUCGUGUUCAGUCUCCGUUUUCACUCAGGACUCGGAUUUCGUGGCCCACCCAGCUCUGCUGUAUCACGUCUCCCGCGUUUCCCUGCAUAUCGGUUUGGUGACCCUCAGGGAAUAUAUAGCAGCCCUUGAAUCA